CCUGAGUGGUUGUAAACACUUUUUAAUCAUUAUGUUGCAGAUUGUUGUGAUUCGAAGUUAACAAAAGUGAUGGAUAUUGCUCCACCGCCACCAAAAGAACGAUAUAAGCACUUGAGGGAUCCAGUGUUACGAAAAAAAAGCUUCGGAAAAUGGCAGAAUAUUUCUGAUCCUUUCCUAAAGGAUCUCGUUAAUGAUGGUUUGUUUAGUAUAGAUGAGGUUAAAAGGAAAGUACAGUGCAUUUACUGUGGAGGUGUCCUUUGUGGUAUUGAAGAAGGACAGAACGUUCACAUCACACAUUACCGACAUUUUCCUAAAUGUGACAGGUUUAAGUUCAGAGAACCUGAUUUUUUAAAGCUCUUCAAUGGUUCACAGGUCAUUAAUGGAGAAUAUUGUGCAAAACAUAUUCUCGGAACUAAUGGUUGCGCUCGAAAUGCCAGACAGAAACAAGAAAUUUGUGAUGAAAGCUUUGUAGAUGGAAGAGGAUUUGACAAAUAUAAUUCGGUGUACACCUUAGAAGACAAGAAAUAUCCCAAACACAGUUAUUAUUCUUUGUGGAUAGAUAGACUGAGAACAUUCCGAAAUUGGCCAACACAUUUAAAACAGACGCCGGAAGAUCUUGCCCGAGCUGGGUUCUUUUAUACAGGUGUUGAUGAUGUAUGUGAGUGUUACUGCUGUGGCGGACAGUUGGACGGAUGGGAAGAGGAUGAUCAACCCCAGAAGGAACAUGAUAGAUGGUUUUCCGAUGUGUGUCCACUAUACAUGGCAAGGUGAAGGAGAAAUCCAUUGGGUACUUAACAGCAAUGGAAAGUAACUGCAUGAUGUCUUGCGUGAUAGCUAUUCAGAAGAUUACAGGCAGGGUUCCAUGAGGACAUUACAAAUCGCGACACCGUGGUUAUGAAAUGUGCCCUGCACUUAUAAUAUGUGAGGCAACAAUAUGGUUUACUCGUGGGCUGUCCACUGACAAUACGAAUGGUCGACGCGAGGGAAAUUCGACUGACAACAAGUAGUGUGCUUAUGAUAUAUGAUGUACAUACAGCACUAUGUUCGGCUCGUGAACUGUCUACUGACAAUACGUAGGGUUCUUAUAUCAUGUGACGUAACAAUAUGGUCAGCUUGUGGCCUUUCUGAAUUAAUUGUUGGAUAUGGUGUAUUUCAAGCUACGUAACGUUAUAACAUACGGACAUGAAUUAUCAUAAUCGAUUUCAGCCCGAGUUAGUUCUUUUUUAAUUCUCAGACCAGCUGAUGGCGACAUACUCUUCAUUCUUUUUGUUACUCAAGGGAAUUAAUGAAUGAAUGAAUGUGAAUGAUUGAAUGGUUUAGAUUUAUGUACAAUUGUAAAUGUUUACGAAACAACUUGUAUUUUAAACAGCCAAAUAAAUCAUAGUAAUUCCGGAAGUAA